AUGGUGGGGAAUGGGGUGGGAAGAGGUGGGGCAGGAGCGGCUGUAGCGGCUGUAGCAGCUGGGGCUGCGUGUGUGGCAGCGAUGCCUGUGCCGUCCAGCCCACGGAAAGUUUUCAGGGUGCCCGGAAUUAGUGGAGGGGAAGAUGUUUUUGGUGCUUUACCUGGUAGCACCGCCGCCGCCGCCGCCGCUGCUGCUGCAGUAGCUACUGCUGGUGCUGGUGAUGCGAUGAGUGAGGGAGCAGAAAGAGGGGGUAAAGUAGGGGGUCUUGCUGUCUACACUGCGGUUAUGAGCAGUCCCAGCUCAUCUGAAGCUCCUUUCACUACGAUGCUUGAAAGCCCUGUUGGGCAGGGGGGGAGGGGGCUGGGGCUGGGGUUUGGAAUUGACGGUACGAGUCCGAAGAAGUGGCGCGGAAGAGUGGGGAUGGAGGCACGGCAGGAGACAAGUGGUGAAGUUAUGCAAAGGGAACGGAUGCGAGGUGAUGUGACAAAGAAGGGAGAGAGCGUGCAAGUGAAAGGUAGAGGGAGUCAGCAUGACAGGAAAAAUGGGAGUGAUUUGAGGGGGGUUAUGGCUGGUAGCAAGGGGGGUGGAAGAGGAGGCAGCCCCUUGGGAAGGCUAAAAGGUGGAGGGAAUGUGGGGAUGAGUGAGGUUCUGAAAGGAGGUGAAGGGAAGGAAGAUGAGAGAGUGAGAGAGGAAGGGUGUGAGGGAGAUGGUGAGGGGGAUGAGGAGGAGGAACAUGAGGAGGAUGGAGAUGGGGAGCAAGAGAGUGGGGGAGACGGCAGCAUGAGUACAGGAUCAGGGGGGGUUUCAGGGGAAGAAGCAUCAGGAGAGGGAGAGGGGUUGGCAGGGGGGUCGGGGGAAGCAUCGGGGGAAGCAUCAGGGGAAGCAUCGGGGGAGGCAUCAGGGGAAGCGGGACCGGGCGGCGAGGAUUUCGAUCAAUGGUUUCAUUCCUUGGUGUUAGACGAAGAGGAUGUGAUGGCAAUUGUGGGAGACUAUAUCGCGAAUGACGAUGACCUUCCGGCUCGCAUUGCGGAUUGCAUCAAUUCUGCGAGCAUGCGAGGGAGAGAGGAGGAGGAAAACAUCAGUCUACCAAGUGGAGAAUUAGUGGAGGACAUUCUAGCGAGUAUAGAGACCAACCCCCAGCUCGGGCCAAUGCUGGGGCUCAUGCCACCCAGCGGUCAGUCCGGAGUAGUGUCUUCACAAGGACCAGGGCCUUCGAUGAACAACGACGCCACAGCGGAACCGUGA